UGCUUGUGCGAUGAAUCGCCUAGGAACUCGCUUCAGUGAAGAGUGGUUCUACCUGUGGAAAGCCAAAAGAACCAUUUGAGGCCAUCGGGUGUCAAUGGCGUCAGAAGCAUCUAUCCUGGUUUAUGGGGCUACUGGCUACACUGGUAAUCUUGUUGCACAGAAGGUGAAGGAACUGGGGCUCAGUGCAACUCUUGCAGGUCGCAAUGCAGAGAAAGUGAAGACAGUUGCGGACAAGGUUCAGCUGCCUUACGAGGUGCUUGAUCUGAGCGAUUCGGCAAAACUUGAUGACCUAGUUGGCCGGCACAAACUUGUUCUGCACAUUGCCGGACCGUAUGCUGUCACAUCACCUCCGAUGCUGGAAGCUUGUCUGCGGAAAAAAGUGCACUAUCUAGAUGUGACGGGAGAGGCAAGGGUUGUUGAAGCGGUGAAGAGUCGCAGCGAGGAGGCAAAAUCCAGUGGGUUGACUCUGAUGCCUGCUGUUGGCUUCGACGCCGCUGUAGGAGACGCUGUUGCUUCCCAUCUUAAGCGUCGCCUGCCGACCGCAACACAUCUUGACCUUGGGCUUGUGAUCCCACGGUUUUCCACAGUAAAAAGUUUCUCAACAAGGAAGUCUAUAUCGCGUGGAACAUUGAAGUCGGUUCUGUUUAGCGUCCUUCCGGAUGGUGGUCUAGCAAUGCGAGACGGCAACUUGGUGGAAGAGUCCGUUGCUGCAAGGCAUCGGAAAUUCGAUCUCGAUGGCGAUGAUAAAGGCAUGUCCUUCUCGUCAUUCCCUGCGUGUGAGAUAAUAGUUGCAGGGCACUCGACAGGAAUACCAAACAUUUCUGGUUACAUGCCAGGACACAUGAAGAUGCCACCUGCAGGACUUGUCCGGAUGGUCAGGCCAUUGUUGACAACCAAUGCGUUCCAGAAGGUUGCGGGCUUUGCAGUUGACUUGCUUACUCCACCUGGCCCUGAACCCAAGGAUGUUGAGGACGUCCAUAUGUCUGCUGUCGGCGAAGCACGUGAUGAAGCAGGCGGCAAAGUUGCACGGGCUAUAGCAACCGUGGGUGCACCCUACCCAUUCACAGCAAGCUGCUCACUUGAGGUGGCGAGACGCGUUCUUCAGGGCGAUUUCAAGCCAGGGUUCCAGACUACCACAUCAGCAUAUGGGCCGGACUUUCUUGUAUCCGUACCCGGGGAAAACGCCGAGGUUAAAGACCUUCCUUGACUAUCUUCAUGAUGCUGGUGCUGGAACGGAGGGCAUACUCACGGUACGGUAGGCCCUCAAAUCACGGAAUUGCAAAACAAGCGGCCAAAGAUCAAGUCCUUGUGGAAACCAGGCCCUCAAAAUCGCCAAAUUGCGAAACAAACGGCCAGAUCGAGUCCUCCUGAAAAGGAGGACUCGAUCUGGCUGCUCAUUUUGCGAUUGUGCUGAUUUGAGGGCCUAGUGUGAGUAUACUUUUGAGAUGGUCUUUACUUCUUGAUCUUGUAAGUGAGGCCAGGGGAGUUUGGUCAAGGAAAAGGUUGCUGAGCGUCUAUCCAGUCUGCAAGCACCUGCAUCAAUAAUCCAAAACCCCAGGUGCACCCAGUGACCCUAUUGGGCUCUUAAACUGUCCAACAAAACAGAAUACUAUAUAUAACUGUGUAUGGCAUACCUCUAUUUGAGUGGUGAGCUUGUGUGUUAGGAUUCACAUCCGAACGAUCCUGUUCGGCCAGAUGUGAUUUUGGCAUUGUGAAACUAGAGGUGGUCAUCUAGAUCGGUUAGUAGUGUCAGUUGUUUAACUGUCAACUUGUAUCAGUAUAACAGCUCUCAUUGCCUCUAAAGGCAAAAAUCUUAGGUGUAAUCAGUGUAAUGUAAGUUGUGCUUCUUUAUAUGGAUGGUGUUCAUAAAAAGAUCGGUUGUUUGCUUAUGGCGUAAAGCAUGGAAAGCAUGAAGGAGGCGGGAGGGAAAGCAAACAUUCGCACACACACAGACACAUUGGAAGCACAGGUGAAGACCUGUACUGGAAGGAUAGCUGGUCCCUGUGGACGAAGACGAUGAACCAUCUACCCCGCCUAUUGGUGCUAUGGUACAAAUUCGGGUUAAAGAAGUUUGCAAUGACAUUGGUGAGUGUUUCUGUACUCUCUUCGCUUCUAGCUCCCCCAUCAAGGAACUAAGACCGGACCCAUCGAUGUGGACGUGAAAUUGUCUGGAACUCUGGUUAUCUGAGUAUAGCAUCAAAACUGGAUAUGCACAAUUGCAGAUGUCUAAUCCCCCGCUACUGGUGGCUACUCAUUGAUGGACACAGGUAACAGGGAAAGAAUCUCUAGGGAUAGCUGGACUCGUAUCCCUGGAGAUAACUUGGAUGAAUUUGCAGGAAAUCCCCUCUCAACAACUGGCCGCCCGGCUAUGGAAGAGCUUUCUAUGAUGGUUACCCCAUAUUAAGUGGUGUGGCUGAGAAGUAAGGGGGUGGAAGUGGAUUUGAAAUGCAAAAGGUGUAAGUGACCUUUUGAGUCCACAGUACACCUGUUGGUUCUCCCCUGGCCGCUUUCGAAAAGGGUUCUGGUUGUGGUGGAAAUCUCACUGGAGCAGCAUCUAUAGCAACAAUUUUGUAUGGGAGGAAGACUGGGUGUUGUUCGGGGUGGUCUCAAUUCAGUCGCAGGGCAGCAAGGACUGGGGAUAUGUGGCUUUUGUGAUAAGAGCAGUGAUUUUUUGGGUGAUUUGGGAGGAGAGAAACUUGCUGGUCUUCGAGGGCAAAGUUCUCUCAGACAUAGCUAUUAAAUCGAAAAUUGAGAACAAUAUAGUGCUGGCCAUUAAGGAAGACUGGAACACGAAAGUGACCAAUUGGUGCAGCAAGCUGACAGGCAUACAGUGGUUCCAUAGCCAGGAGUUGCUGAUGUAAAGCAGGCUAAGUUUGUGGUUUCAAAGUGGUUAUUUAUCACUUAGUUAAGGCCUGAACACUCGAUGCAGAGGCCGC